AAUACUUGGCGGCGCCAUUUUUCGGUUUAAUCCGAUUUCAAUUAGUUCUCCUCAUAUUUUAAUUUCGGUUCGUUGUCAUAUUCAAUUUCCCAGAGAAGAAGAAGAAACUUCUUCAACCGUCAUGCGACCAACACAGCCACCAGAACUAGCCGUCACCGGUCGCUCCGAAAAUCCCCAAGGAGGACUUUCCGGCGUAGUGAAACGAGCUAUCGUGAUCGGGAACGGCUGCGCCGGCGCGGAGAAUCAGUGCAUCGGCCUUAUUCGAUCCUUAGGCCUCUACGAUCGCCACCUCUACUAUAGUGUAGCUAGGCCAAGAGGUGGAAUCAACAGGUGGCUUCAUUGGCUUCCUAUCUCUCUUUACAAAAAGCUUGGCCAUUUCAUCAGCUGUAUAUGUUCUGGAUUAUCCAUUAAAGCAAAUGAAUCGGGUUCCAGAAGAUCUGGAAUCAAGGAUGUGUUUGAGGUGGCUGAUGCGAAGCAGAUUGCUGCAAUGGCUCGUCGUACGUUUGACAAGACUGGCCCUUUGUUAGUGGUGGCAUCUGGUCGUGAUACUAUUUCUGUCGCAAGCUCCAUAAGACGACUAGCUAUGGAUUAUGUCUUUGUUGUUCAGGUGCAACAUCCAAGGUCGCGUCUCGAGAGAUUUGAUCUAGUAAUCACACCUCGUCAUGAUUACUUCUCUUUAACACCUGAAGGGAAGAGGCAAAUCCCUUUCUUUCUCAGACCAUGGGUGACUCCACGUGAACCUCCAGGUAGAAAUGUGUUUCUCACUACUGGAGCUCUUCACAGCGUUGACUCAUCUACUCUGAGAAAGGCUGCUUUGGAAUGGAAGGAAGAGUUUGCCUCGCUGUCAAAACCUUUGGUUGUAGUUAAUAUCGGAGGAUCUACAAGGAACUGUUUGUAUGGUGUUGAUCUUGCUAAGCAGUUGUGUGGUAUGCUUCAGAGUAUCCUCUGGAGCUGUGGAAGCCUAAGAAUAUCUUUCUCAAGAAGAACACCGAAGAAGGUCAAAGAGAUCAUAAUUAGAGAAUUGAUUUCUAACCCGAAAGUCUACAUUUGGGAUGGAAAAGAGCCUAAUCCGCAUCUGGGGCAUCUAGCUUUAGCCGAUGCUUUUAUCAUAACUGCUGACUCUAUAAGUAUGUUGAGCGAGGCAUGUACUACCGGGAAGCCAGUGUAUGUUGUGGGUGCUGAAUGGUGUACAUGGAAAUUCUCUGAGUUCCAGAAGACCCUUCGUGAAAGAGGAGCUGUUAGACCUUUAACCGGCAAAGAAAAUAUGGUUGAGAAGUGGAGUUACACUCCUCUUAACGACAAUGCAGAAGCUGCAAAGCGUGUGAUUCAAGAUCUGUCUGAGCGUGGAUGGAAGAUUGAGGCGUGAACAAGUUUCCCAGAUUUAAAGUACCAGAGGAGAUGGAAAGUUUUGGUGGCUUACCAGUAGCUAGAGAACCGCCUGAGCAAGGGGGAAGUAGCUUGCCACAGCGAGUCAUCGACUAACCAAAUCGAAAAUUAGCUAAAGAAAAUGCUGGACGUGGCCUCUGUUAUAAUAUCUCUUGGUAUGGUUGAAACACUUUUAGAAGUGUGGUUGUGUGUAGGGACAUGAGCAAACUUCGUCAUUAACUUUUCACUUGCUCUUGUUUCAUUUGAUCUCUGAAUACGUUUGUUAGAUCGUGUGGAAUUAAAACUCUCAACUCUGAAAUGGAUGGAGCUUUCUA